AUGGGGGCUCGCAACGACAAUACGAUAACUCCUACGACGGAUAUGGCCAAGACGACUACUAUAAUCAGCAUGAUGGAGGCUAUGCCGACGGGUAUGGCCAGGGAUAUGAUAAUGAUCAGUAUCAAGGUCAUGGGUACUCGCAACACUCUCAGCAGCACUAUCCACAAGAUGGCUAUGGCCAGGCCGACGGGCGGCAACCCUCUCGCGGAGGAUAUGGCGGGAUGGGAUCCGGCCGCGGUGGAAGGGGCCCCGCACCAAGGCAGGGCGGCCAUCCAUCAGACGUCCCCCAGUCCUAUUCAGACCCAAACCGUAGGUUUCCAUACCGCUACACAUCCUCGUGACCCAGUCUAACAAUCUUGCAGUUGGUCGUCCAAACGAACAACGAACAGCCCCUCGAAAUGGGAACUAUAACGGCGACUAUCAAGACCGUCAAUUGGCCGACCAAAUGUAUGGUAUGGAUAUCAACGAUUCCAACGGGUACCAACAGAGAAUACCUCCCGGACCAGGACCAGGAUCAAGAGGCAGUAGCGGAAGCCAAAGGAGUCAUGGAGAGUAUGGGAGGCAAAUACCUAGAGGCCAAUCGGCUCAGGGGCAUUCCAACGGCCGAGGAUAUGCUGAGCUAAAUGGUUAUGGGCACGACAACCGCCAGGAUCAAGGACGACAGAACCAUGAAUUCGGGCCUCCUGGGCGCAGUAUGACGACCCCCAUUAACGGAAGCCAUGCCAUGAGCCAGCCACAACGCAAAAACACGAACCCCUAUGAUCAUAUGGCUGGCCAAGGCGUUCCAGCCCGACCAUCGACAGCUGCUGGUAGCAGACCACAACGAUCAUUCACUGGGGGUUCUAGGGAACAGCAUGAUGCCUUCCCAGGUCGCUUCGACGAUGGCCAUGGCUACGGUCAACAGUCCAAUGGACAAGGUCCAAACUUUAACCAAGGCCACGGUCAAGGAUCCGGCCCAUACUCCGGACAUGAUCGCACAAGCCUCCCUGAUUUCGAUGCAAUUCCACAGAACGCUCGAGGAUCAUUUGACGACUUUAUCCAAUCGAGUCCGGAGCAACGUCAACCUGGUGCUCACCAAACAGCUCAAUUGAGUCAUGCCAAGUCCCAGCCUGAUUUGCGCCAGCCUCAAGCUGCCGUUUUCGAGAUGGCCCCUGAUGCUCCUUCUGUGCCACCCAUGCCCAGUAUGAACAACUUCCCACAACGAAAGGACUCGAGUUACAGUGAGCCAAGGAAUUACAACCAUCCUCCUCGGGGGGCAUCCCGAACUCCAGCUCCAGGUCAGGCAAACGCUCCCUCGUUGAUGCGACCAGGAGGUCCCAUGCCACCAGUUCCGCCGGCGGCCAGCACAAACCCGGACGCGCUUCCUUCACACCCAACUCCAGUACGCGCUGGACUGAUGGAAAAUUCCAUGGUCAAUAUGAACAACAGGCCACCUCCUGUGCGCAACUACGGCGGCGUCCAACAACCGCAGCCACCGAAGCAAAACCACCAUCCAGCGCCUCAGCGACAACAAGGCCCACCGGCUCCCAAGAGAGCUUCACUAACGAAACCACAAGAUCCUCCUGUGACUCCGCAAGAGCUCGAACACCUUCGAAUGGUCAUCAAGAACAACUCCAAUGAUCAGGCAUCAGCCUUGCGUCUAGCCAAAAGGCUCAUUGAAGCCUCUGAUGUUCUUGUUGCAUCCAUGCCCGAUCCCAAGGCGAGGGGGAAAGCUCGAGAAAGGUACAUUAUGGACGCGCAUAAAAUCUUGAAGAAGCUGUGCAAUGCCGGGAACACGGACGCUAUGUUCGUAAUGGCUGACUGCCUUGGGCGCGGACUCUUCGGUGGCGGCGAUCACGACACUAAGGAAGCCUUUACUUUGUAUCAGUCGGCGGCCAAGGUUGGUCAUGCCGCCGCCGCCUAUCGAACAGCGGUAUGUUGCGAGAUUGGCCACGAGGAAGGUGGCGGAACUCGGAAGGACCCCAUGAAAGCGAUCCAAUGGUACAAGCGUGCUGCAGCUCUGGGCGACACGCCUGCAAUGUACAAGAUUGGUAUGAUUUUGCUGAAGGGGUUAUUGGGCCAGCAACGAAACCCGCGCGAGGCUGUAGGAUGGCUGAAGAGGGCGGCUGAGAGGGCCGAUGCGGAGAACCCGCAUGCUCUCCACGAGCUGGGCCUGCUCUUUGAAUCGGCUCAACCCAACGACGCCAUCAUUCGGGAUGAGCCGUAUGCCCUCAGCCUCUUCCAGCAAGCUGCAGAUCUGGGAUACAAGUUCUCCCAAUUCCGGCUUGGCUGUGCGUUCGAAUAUGGUCUCAUGGGUUGCAGGAUUGAUCCUAGACUAUCAAUCAUGUGGUACUCGAAGGCUGCGCAACAGGGCGAACACCAAGCCGAGCUGGCACUGAGCGGCUGGUAUCUCACGGGCAGCGAGGGCGUUCUGGGACAAAGCGAUACGGAGGCAUACCUAUGGGCCCGGAAAGCCGCCAUAGCGGGACUGGCCAAGGCCGAGUAUGCUAUGGGCUAUUUCACCGAGGUCGGCAUCGGGAUCGCCGCCAACCUGGAGGAUGCCAAACGAUGGUAUUGGCGUGCUGCCGGUAAGUUGACACUGAUUGAGGACCGCAAUAUUCCGAAAUGAAAGCUAACGCCCCUCAUACAGCCCAGGACUUUCCAAAGGCCCGUGAACGAUUGGAAGAACUCAAAAGAGCUGGAAGAAACGCUCCCCGUCAACGGGAGCGCAUUUCACGAACCAAUCAACAGGAGGGCGAGUGUAGUGUGAUGUAA